GAGUCGAACGAGUAAAAUAAAUAGACGGUCGAUUACGACAACUUGAAAAUGUUUAUUCGACAGAGAAAGAAUUAAUUACUAUACGAAUGUCGCGUGAGAGUCGCUUGAGGGUUUCAAAAACGUUCGGAACAAUUAUAUUUUGUAUGUCGACGAGUGACAGCCGGUCAGGUUGUUUUCGCGGUGCGGGACGUGAAAGUGGCGUUCGUCGCUAACGAGAAAAAAUGGCGUCGGAUACGUUUACGGUUACGGUAAAGAGAGUGAGCGUCGGCCGCCGCCGAGGCGCGAGGACCGACGCGAGGCGCUAAAACAUGGUGACCAACAGUCCUGCAGUAGUGCAGUAUGACCGACGACGGAAGGUGGCUAUGUGGCGCUGGUUCGCCACAAUAUCAACAGUUGUAGACAAACAAAAAUUCGGCGGUAACGGAAUACGUCAAGCCGUAACAACUCGCUCAUGACAACAUUUAUUUUGUCAUGAACUCACUGAUUGUUUGUGCUGAUGUUUGUUUGAUGAAAUUGUAUUAUCGAUUAAUAAAUAAAUUCAAUAUUAUACUUUGCGGGUCCCCGGCAGCGUAAUUACUAAGUACAUGUCACCGGGCGUCGCGAUUACCGCCGACCAAGUUUUGUACCAGUGGUUUCUAUGGCCAAGUCCAGGAACUGUCUGACGGCCGCUGGCCUGUCGGUUUUUGGAGCGCUUUUGAUCCUGUUGGCGUUCACGACGAAGAGCUGGUUGGUCACGGAUGGGAAAUUAAAGCACCCAGAAUUCGAAAGACUCGGUCUAUGGGUAGUAUGUUCUAAAGAGUUUGAGGACCCUCGUCAUUGGCACGACGCAAAAUUCCAUAAUUGUUGGUGGGUGUUUGAAGAAGAAUACUAUAUUAUCUCUGAUAUUAUAUUUGAAGAUUUUUAUAUUGCGACUCAGUUUUUCUUUACGGCUUGUGUUCUCUUUACCGUGUCAGGUUUAUUCUACACUACACUUUAUAUAUAUCUAAACAGAGCUUAUGAAUAUUAUGUUCAAAUUCUAUCAGCUGGAAUACUUAACAUAGCUGCAGCUGUAUGCAGUAAUAUUGCCCUGAUAAUAUUUGGAAUAUAUGGAGACAGCAGAGAAUGGAUGCCACAUUGGGGACAUAAUGAUAUAGGAUGGAGCUUUGGCGUAGCAGUUAUAGGAACUAUUGCCCUUUAUGUCAGUGGAGUAUUGUAUGUAAUAGAGCAGCGGGUAUACAAGGUUAAACGAGAAAAUAUGGCUACUCAAAGAGCCAAUUACAACUAUGAAGCUAUUGACUUAAUUCAAUCUUCUCACACUGCUGUAUAAAAUCUCAAUUUUAUUUUCAAAUAUCCAUUAACAGCAUUUGUACGUUUUCAUUAAUUUAUUCUUAAUAAAUAUGGAAAGUGAGCACUUCUUAAACAAA